UUCCUCUCGUCAGGCUCACGAGCGCCCGCGAGGAUCCAGCCCGCCGCUCUGCGCGACUCCUGCCGGCAUCGCCGUGCACCGCUAGCGCACCGCUGGCGCACCGCUAGCGCACGUGGGGGGCGUGCAGGAGGGCGCAGCGGGAACCCCGCUCGUGCCGUGGCCAUGGGCGCAAUCAGCGGCUGGUUCAGCGAGAUGCGCGAAAGCCAUCGCUCGAGGAAGCUCAUCCUCGUCAUUGUGUCCCUGGCGCUCCUCCUGGACAACAUGCUGCUCACGGUGGUGGUGCCAAUCAUCCCCAGCUACCUCUACUCCAUCGAUAAUCACAACGCCACGCAGGCCCCGCUGUCUCCGACUCCAGGGCUCGCGUCGCGACCCACCCAUCCCGUCCAAAGUCAUCGCACGCAGGCGGCUUCGCUCCCAGCGUCGGGGGAUCACGACCUCCCGACCCCCGGCGGGACGAGGUCGGAGGUCGCGAACGGGACUGAGGGGCCGAGCAAAUGCGAGGAGGGCUCCAACGUGGACCUGUCGAAUGAGAACGUGCGCGUGGGCCUGCUCUUCGCGUCCAAGGCCACCGUGCAGCUCGUGGCCAACCCAUUCAUCGGCCCGCUCACCAACCGGGUUGGCUACCAGAUACCUCUCUUUGCUGGGUUCAUCAUCAUGUUCAUAUCUACGAUAAUGUUUGCGUUCGCCGAGAGCUAUGGGCUGCUGGUGUUUGCCAGGUCUCUGCAAGGCAUUGGCUCUUCGUGCUCCUCCGUGGCCGGCAUGGGUCUGCUGGCAAGUGUGUACCCGGAUGACGAGGAGAGAGGCAAUGCUAUGGGCAUCGCUCUGAGCGGUCUGGCCUUGGGGGUGCUGGUGGGGCCGCCCUUCGGCAGUGUGAUGUACGCCUUCGUCAGCAAGACGGCGCCAUUCCUGGUGCUCGCGGUGCUGGCGCUGUUCGAUGGAGCCUUACAGCUGUGCGUUCUGCAAAAGCCCAAAGCAAUAGCCGAGAGCCAGAAGGGAUCCUCUCUUCUCACUCUGCUGCAAGACCCUUACAUCCUGAUCGCCGCAGGCGCCAUCUGUUUUGGGAACAUGGGAAUAGGCAUGAUGGAGCCGCUGCUGCCCAUCUGGAUGAUGGAAACCAUGUGUCCCUCCAAGUGGCAGAUCGGCAUGGCUUUCCUCCCAGCCAGCAUUUCAUAUCUGAUCGCAACAAACAUCUUUGGGCCACUCGCUCAUCGCAUAGGAAGGUGGCUGUGCUCAGUCCUGGGGAUGGUGUUGGUUGGCGUGAGCAUGAGCUGUGUACCACUGGCUAAUAACAUUUAUGCCUUGAUUGCUCCGAAUUUUGCAAUUGGUUUUGCGCUGGGCAUGGUGGACUGUUCCAUGAUGCCCAUCAUGGGCUACCUGGUUGACCUGCGCCACGUCUCCGUCUACGGCAGCGUCUACGCCAUCGCGGACGUUGCCUUCUGCCUCGGCUUCGCGCUAGGUCCCUCGGCUGGAGGAGCCAUAGCCAAAGAGUUGGGCUUCCCCUGGCUAAUGGUCAUCAUCGGCAUCAUCAACAUCCUCUUUGCUCCGCUCUGCUUCUUCCUACGCAAUCCACCGGGCAAGGAGGAGAAAACGGCCAUCCUGAUGAGCCAGGGCUGCCCUGUAUACACCAAGACGUACCUCACCCAGAGCAUGCCGAACCGGAUGCAGUCCAUUACUGCCGACGAGACCAUGGAAGAAGAGAGCGAAGAGUGAUGAUUCAGCCACAUGCAUGGUGCUAAUAUUAGUACACAACCACACACCCGGUGCAAAGCCACAAUUUCAAAAUAAACGAAAAAAACUAACGGAAAUGGAACUUCCAUUUAAAAUCUUGACACCUCGCAACUCGGAAAAGUUAUGCAACAUUGUGAAAAUCGUGCGAUAUGCGUGGCAUUGCAAUGUGUAGGCGGGUUGUUUAUUUCGAUGCGACUGCCCGUCCCUCCUCCAGCCAGCUGGCAAGACUUAUGUUUAAUAGAGGAAGAGAGCAUAUAGCCCGUGCAUUUGCGCAGGACCCACGCAGCCAGGGUGGAGGGCAGGCAACACGACACGAGCACGCACAAACCCGGCUCAACGUGGCGGGAUGCGGCAGAUGUCAUUGCGCAGACGUGCACGGUGAUGUCCCUAGCGGGCACACUCACUUUCGCCCAGCCUUCCAGCCAUCCAGGAAUCUAGGCAGGAAUCCAGCCAGCAAGCAAAUCUUUGUUUCUGAUAGAGCAUGUAUAUGAUACAUACCAUUAUGUAUUCACGCAAAAUGUAUUACACUAUUAAGUGCGCAUGACAUUGGUUGAACACAAGUGCAAACAAUGAACAAAUAAUUGCGAUGGUACAUUUCACAUUAAGCAAGUGCUCACAAUCCUUAUUAGCCAUGGUCAAUCCACUGCUAGAUGAAGACCUUGCAAACCCAUUUCCGUCUCUCGUUAUCCUGCGAUUAAAUAUUCCAGUGCACCAGCACACGAGCCGAUUUCUCUCCGUCCCCAUCAGUGGAUGUCGUCUGUGACAAUAAUGCCAAAAAAGCGGUCAAAUUUUAAAAAAAAUUACUCGGAUGCCCGCUCAAGAUUAUGGAUUUAUGCUGCGUACAUUCAACGUGUACUUAAAAGCUACUUUUACUGGUGAAUAUAUGUUUUAUUUGUUCAAAGUACAAUAAAUGUAUAAUUCUUGUGGCAGUAUUGGUAACAAAGCAAUUUUAGGAGGACUCAGUAGAUGAGGCUUAUGAGCGAAAACAUCUGCGCUAUGCCGAUCUAGCUGCCGAAGCACGGCAUCAUGGCUGGAACACAGAAGUCCGACCAGUGGAGGUGGGCUGCAGAGGUUUUGUGGCAACAUCUACAACCAGACUGCUUAGAGACCUGGGAAUUAAGGGCCAGAGCCAGCGUUCGGCAAUCAAAGCUGUAUCGGAGGCGGCAGAAGGCAGCAGUCAGUGGCUCUGGAUGAAGAGGAAAGACCCCAGCUGGGCCCCAAAGUGAGAGGGCCAGGAGGUAUGCAGUCAACAAUACUUGACUCAGGGAGGAGGACGCCCCUGCCAUGCAUAGUCCCAUGGGAUGUUGGCUACCAACAACAAGGCAACUCCUAUGACUAAUUGGGAAUGGGAUGCAAGCGUAGGAUUGAUCACCCUGUCGCUGGCCGCCUUUGGGGAGGGUGUAUAGUAUGAAAGGCCGAAACACCCUAGGAACCAAAGGGUCACUACUGACGAUGCGCUCCCCAAAUUUCACCAGGCUCACUGUUCAUGAACUCUUGGAAGUGCUUGCACAAAGGAUAGUAACAUCUCAUCCUGUGUUCUUUGGAAUCUGCCAUGUUGAUGUUUCUUACCAUGCAUAUAUAACCACUAGCUGUACUACCCGGCUUCGCCCGGGACUUGUAUCCACCACGGCCGGCCGCCUUUUGUCUCCCCAGUGGCGAUGUUAAUACGCCACACCAGUUACUCGUUUGAGGCUGAGUCGACCUAGGGGAGGUUCAAAUAAUCGUCACCGGUGGUGGCCGUGAGCGGGAAUCGAACUGGGUUCGCCGGGUUGGUAGCGCAGCGUAGCGCUAAGCACUACACCCACCGCUCCUCACACACCACACACGCACAGACACACACACAGACACACACACAGACACACGCAGACACACACAGACAGACACACACACACAGACACACAGACAGCACGCUAACCACUAUACUACCGCUCCCCACACACCACACACGCACACACACAGACACACACACAGACACACACACAGACACACAGACACAGACAGCACGCUAACCACUACACUACCGCUCCCCACACACCACACACAGACACACACACAGACACACACACACAGACACACACACACAGACACAGACAGCACGCUAAGCACUACACUACCGUUCCCCUUACACAACACACGCGCGCGCGUCCAUAGGUACACAUACACGCGCUUGCUGCAGACACGCACGACUGUCAGGGUGCGUACGGCAGUAAACGACUGAAAAAAGAAAGCGGCAAUGCUGCGCGAGGAACGCCUUAGACCUGCAACACAUUUGUGUAAUGCGAGCGUAAACACACAAACACAUACAAACACAUACACACACAUACAUACACACACAUACACAUACACACACAUACACACACAUACAUACACACAGACAUACACAUACACACAAACACACACAUACAUACACACAAAAACAUAGACAAUACACACACAUACAUGCAGACACACAGACAGACACAUAACACACAUACAUACACACAGAUACAUACACAGAAACACAUACACACAAUACAUAGACACACACACACAUCCACAGACGUACAUACACACAUACAUACAGACAUGCAGACAUACACAUAAACACAUACAAAAAAACCCACAUACACAUACAUACACACACACACACACAAAUACAUACACACACACAAAUGCAUACACACACAUACAUACACAUAAACACAUACACAUGACCCGGCUUCGCCCGGGACUUGGAUCCACCACGCCCGGCCGCCUUUGUCUCCCCAGUGCCGAUGUUAAUAAGCCACACCAGUUACUCGUUUGAGGCUGAGUCGACCUAGGGGAGGUUCAAAUAAUCGUCACCGGUGGUGGCCGUGAGCGGGAAUCGAACUGGGUUCGCCGGGUUGGUAGCGCAGCGUAGCGCUAAGCACUACACCCACCGCUCCUCACACACCACACACGCACAGACACACACACAGACACACACACAGACACCACGCUAACCACUACACUACCGCUCCCCACACACCACACACGCACAGACACAGACACACACAGACAGCACGCUAACCACUACACUACCGUUCCCCCUACACAACACACGCGCGCGCGUCCAUAGGUACACAGACACGCGCUUGCUGCAGACACACACAUACACACACAUACACACACAUACAAAGACAAAGAUCAAAGAUCCCCCGUAUAGCCUGAACAGACUGUAGGGGCAAGUGCUGUUAGCGAGCACCUAUGAAGGCCGGAACAGUACACGAGGGGGUGGGUGGCCAGCACCACGCCCGACCGCCGCUGUCUCCCUAGUGGCGAUGUUUACACACCGCACCAGGUACUCAUUUAAGGCUGAGUCGACCUAGGGGAGGCCCAGGACCGGUUCAGAUAAUCGUCACUGGUGUUAGCCGUGAGCGGGAAUCGAACCCGGGUCGCCAGGUUCAUAGCGCAGCGCGCUAACCGCUACACUAUCGCUCCCCACCACAUACAUACACGCAGACACACACAUACACACAAACACACAUACAUACACACAAACACAUACACAGUGACAUGCCUAUUCCCAUCGCGGGGCACGGGACGUGCCUCCCGGCAAAUCCCUCGCAAGCGAUCGUACACAGAUGGACAGACAACUGAACAGUACGACGUUUGGCUGGUAAUUGCAUCCAGCAUCAGCGAAAGGACGUACUCUGAAAUGGGAAUUGUUGUGGUUUUACGCUUGUACACACCGGUGGGCCAAAGCAGAGACUUAUGAGUGUUUUAUCAACGGGACACUUUUUGACUGAUUGGCCGUGUGGGGUGGUGGAGGGUUACAACACAUUAAUAAUUAAGGCGAGCGAAAGGCAAUAAAGUUAUUUGUGAAGAAUGGUUGCGAAAGCGUACGUGUUACAAAAAGACUCACUUUACUUAAGAAGCAGGCUAAUGUGUACAUGAUAGACCAGGGGUCCUCAAACUUUUUAAACAGAGGGCCAGUUCACUGUCCCUCAGACCGUUGGAGGGCCGGACUAUAGUUAAAAAAAAAACUAUGAACAAAUUCCUAUGCACACUGCAUAUAUCUUAUUUUGAAGUGAAGAAACAAAACGGGAACAAAUACAAUAUUUAAAAUGAAGAACAAGUAAAAGUUAAAUCAACAAACUUGCCAGUAUUUCAAUGGGAACUAUGGGCCUGCUUUUGACUAAUGAGAUGGUCAAUGUCCGGUUCCAUAUUUGUCACUGCUAGUCGUAACAAGUGAUGCAAGUGUGCAUCCAUUAGUCUAGAUCUGGUUGGAGAUUUCAAAUGUUUCAUUCUGGAAAAAGUCUGUUCACAGACAUAAGUGCUGCCAAAGAUGGUUGCCAUUUUGAGUGCAUGGUUCCUGAGAUGAGGAUAUGUCUCAGAGGGGAGAGAUGCGUAGAAAUUAUGAAGGCUGCUUGACUUGAAUGCCUCUUUCAGAGUCACAAUUCUGCAGUUCAGCCAGUUCCAUUUGGUAAAUUGUAUCCACAUUUUCAAUGUCAAUAGAAAAUGGGUUACGGAAAAGCUGUAUGUCCUGUUCAUGGAGAUGAAGCUCUUUAAAUCCAAAUUGGAACUCCUUUUGCAAUUUUUCCAGUGAAUCCACACGUUUUGUUUGGGAAUGCAACCAAUGGUUUUUCCGCUAACAGAUUUUGAGUUGUGGGGAGAUGGCAGAAGUUUUCCUCCUUCACUUGUUUGAUGAGGAGGCCUAAUUUUACUUCAAAUGCUUUGACAUGUGAUUGCAUAUCACAGAUGAGCUUCACCUUUCCUUGAAGUUGCACAUUGAAACUGUUGAGUAGCUCUGUUACAUCUGUCAGAAAGGCAAGGUGCCAUUUCCAUUCUGCAUCAUUGAGCUCUGGUACUUCUUUGUUUUUUUUAAGCAGAAAAGCUGUAAUCUGUGGAAGUAAGUCAUAGAAACGUUUCAAAACUCUCCCUCGACUCAGCCAACGGACUUCUGUGUGAUACAGAACAUCUUCAUAGUCAACAUUUAGCUCAGACAGAAAUGCCUGAAAUUGUGGUUUAGUGCAUGAGCUCUAAUGAAGUUAACACAAGAUACCACAAAUUUCAUAACCGAGUCCCACUUCAGUGAUUUACUCCACAGCGCUUGUUGGUGGAUGAGGCAGUGUAUGGCUAUUGGUUGAGAAUGGUUAUGUUUGUCCAUCUCUUGGUUAAUGCGAGCAAUUACUCCUUUCUUAGACCCCACCAUGCUAGGAGCACCAUCAGUUGUCACACUGACUAGUUUAGCCCAGUUCAGCUCCAAACCAUUCACAGUUUGGCAAACCUUUUCAU